AUGGGCAAUCAGAACUUAGCUAUGAAGAACCACACAACGGUGACAGUGUUCAUCCUUCUUGGAUUAACAGAAGAUCUACAACUGCAAGUGGUCAUUUUUGUGCUUCUCUUUCUCACAUACAUGCUGAGCGUUACUGGGAACCUAACCAUCAUCACACUCACGCUACUGGAUUCUCAUCUCAAGACACCCAUGUAUUUCUUUUUACGGAAUUUCUCGUUCUUAGAAAUUUCAUUCACAACUGUCUGUAUCCCCAAAUUCCUUGUUAGUAUGGCCACGGGGGAUAAAACCAUUUCAUAUAAUGACUGUGCAGCACAGCUAUUUUUCACUAUUCUCUUGGGGGCAACAGAAUUUUUUCUACUGGCUGCCAUGUCCUAUGACCGCUACGUGGCCAUCUGCAAACCCCUACAUUACAUGACCAUCAUGAACAGCAGAAUUUGCAACUUGCUGGUCUUUGCUUCCUGGUUGUCUGGUUUCCUUAUAAUUUUUCCUCCUCUCAUCAUGGGGCUUCAGCUUGAUUUCUGUGCAACAAACACUGUCGAUCAUUUUUUCUGUGAUGUUUUCCCUGUACUUCAGCUCUCCUGCACAGACACGCAUGUGAUAGAAUUGAUGGCACUUCUCUCUGCCAUUUUGACACUCCUAGUCACACUGGUGUUAGUGAGCCUUUCCUACUCACACGUCAUCAGGACGAUUCUGAGAAUACCAUCUUCUCAACAGAGAAAGAAAGCCUUUUCUACAUGUUCUUCACACAUGGUUGUGGUGUCCAUUUCUUAUGGCAGCUGCAUCUUCAUGUAUGUGAAGCCAUCUGCAAAGGAAAGAGUUGCUUUAAAUAAAGGGAUAGCUCUGCUCAGCACUUCACUUGCACCCAUGUUGAAUCCCUUCAUUUAUACACUUAGAAACAAACAAGUAAAAGAUGCUUUUAAGACUAACAAAAAGAUGGAGCUUUUCUUAAUGAAGUGUCAGCUUAACUGUGUUCCAGGUUGA